AUGCCAUCGUUUCUGUUCGUUGUUGAUCUUUUCGAGUUCGAUGCGGCGGCAGCAGCAGCGUCUCCUCGCGCCCAGCCCGUCGUCAAGAGCAGCUGCCGCUACGAGAAGAUCGAGGCGGUCGGCGCGGGCGCCUUCGGCGUCGUGUACCGGGCCCGGGACCGCCGCACCGGCGAGAUCGUGGCCAUGAAGUGCCUGAACGCGGACGACUUCGACGACGGCCGCCUCGGCUCCAUGUUCGCCGACGAGGUCGGCGCGCUCGAGGCUUGCCGCGGCGUCCCGUGCGUCGUGCAGCUGCGCGACGCCUGCCGCCGCGAUCCGGCCACCGGCGAGGCCUUCAUCGUCAUGGAGUUCAUCGGGCCGGCGCUCAGCGACGCCGCGAGGGGCGGCGGCGGCGGCGCGCGGCAGCUCCUCGCUGGCGCCGCGGGCAUGCACGCCGCCGGCCUCAUGCACCGGGACCUGAAGCCCGACAACGUCCUCGUCGACGCCCGCGGCGGCGGCCUCAAGAUCGGCGACCUCGGCAAGUCGCGUGCCGUCGCCGUCGCGUUCCAGGAAGUGUAG